GUAUUGUAUAUAUGAGUGUAGUAUUAAAACACAAGUUUAGUGCUCCUCUUUGUCGGUUCUCUCUUACACACCCAAAAAAAAACACUCCAUGACUUCCACAACUUUCCGACGACCCUCUCGCCGGAGCCCAUCUUUCUCUUCAUCUUCUUCAUCAUCUCUAGGCUCAAUAUCCUUUCUCGACGAUUCUUCGACUCCGGCCACUCCACUUCGAUACACCGGAAUACCCUUUUCUUGGGAGCAAUUCCCCGGAAUUCCAAAGAAAAACAAUACCAACAAAACCUCAUCACAGUGUCUCCUCCCAUUACCGCCAUCCGGUAAUUCGUUUCGAAAAUCCUUUGGAAAAGACACCACACCAAUGAUCAAAAAGAAUACCACCCAUGAAGACCCUUUUUUUGCAGCUUUUGUUGAGUGCUCAAAGGAUGAUGAUAUGUCGAUUAAGGGGUCGAAAAUGCGGUCGAGUAGCGGGCUUGGUAGCUUAUACGGUUCUUGCUUUAGAACAUGUGAAGUGGCUCAGUCUAUUGUUUACCUUCCAAGAUCACGUUCAAGUUAUCUUUUCCGGUGAAUAUUAUUGCGUCACUAAAUCCAUCCUACCGUUGAUCAAACAUAAUAAAGUAGUCGGGUAAGGUUGCUGUCAUGUGACUUGAAGGUCAUGAGUUCGAGUCGUGGAAACAGCUUGUUACAGAAUUGUAAGGUACAUAAGGAAUUAAGGAUGCAUACAUCAGGUCCAAGUAAUUCGUGCACCGAAUUUUACCUAGUGACUACUGAAGUGUUUAUGUAUGUGAAUUUCUAUAACAUUAGGAAUGCAUAUAUGAUGUUGUUUAUGGUUUUUGUGAAACUUUAAUCUUAUGUGCAUGAGUUGUUUUAGUUUUAAUUUAUUAAAUAUACUUGAUUAUAAUUAUAUAA